UACCCUUCCACCUUAUCCGGUCGCUUGCUCGCACCGCUCGCUUGCUCUCGCUCGCUCUCCCUCUCCUCUCCCUCGCCGGCCACCUUAUCCCCUUCCCUCGUCGCCUCUCCCUCGCCGGCCUCUCCUCUCCGUGGCCGGCCACUCCCUUUCCUCGUCGCCGCCUUCCCCCUCUCUCCUCGUCACCGGCCUCUUCCUCUUCCCGUCGCCGGCCUCUUCCACCGCCCCUUUCUCCCCACCACCCAGCCUUCACUCACACCCCGUAGGCAAAAUUGAUUCUUUUUGCGUCGGCGACGAGCUUCUCUGUGACGGAGGCAUGGAUGUGUAGCAGCGUCAGAGCUGGAUAUGGGCUAGGGGGCGUGGAUGUGGAGCGGCGCCCGAGGGGACCUAGAGCGACGGAUCUCACGAGUCGGAGCAGCGCCCAAGCGGACCUAGAGUGGUGGCGGAGCAGCAGAGCGGCGGAUCUGACGAGUCGGAGCAGCGCCUGAGCGGACCUAGAGUGGCGCCGGAGCCUCCACGUCGUCGUACAGACCAUUGACUAGAGUCCAGACUUGAAAACCAUUCAGAAGUUGCAAAUCAUUCAGUGAGCGGGGGCAUAAUUCAAACACACAUCCACCACUGAAGCUCCGCGGGUCGCCGGGCUUCUGGCGAAGAUCUUCGUGUGGGUCCUGGGGAUGCCGGUGGUGGGCUGGGUCCUGCUCUACAUCCUCAAGAAGGACAAUCUCAUCAACAAGCCGUAAGCAAGUCAAUAACGGAGACGGUCGAGCACUGUCAUCACACUGAACCUGCAACACCAGUGAGAUGACUGAAGAUUGGGUUGUGGUUGGAAUGAGAGGAGAAGCAAAUCACUUGACCAGUUGAAUCCUUGGGUGUACAAGACGGCCGAGCUGUGGCAGGUGAAGGAGCCGCUGCCGCUGCCCGCGCUGAAGAAGCGCAACUGCUCCAUGGUGUUCACCCUCAAGGAGAUGCAGGAGGCCACCGGCAUGUUCAGCGACAAGAACCUCAUCGGCAAGGGCGGCUUCGGCCGGGUUUACAGGGGCGUGCUCAAAGAUGGGCAGAUUCUCUUGAUUGGAGUGGAGAGGAGCAGAGACGAGAGGAGCAGCAGAAGUGGACAGCGCAGCGGCUGACCUUGAGCUCUUGAUUGGAGUGGGGGGAGGCGGCCGGCGAAGGAUCUGUGGCCAGCAACGAAGGAUCCGAAGUUGUGGCGGAGCAGGCAGCCGGCGGGAAGGGCGGCCGGCGAGGGAGCUGCGGAUCUUGGCGCGGAAGGGCGGCCGAUGAGGGAGCUGCGGACCACGGCGGGGAAGGGCGGCCGGCCGGCGAGGGAGCUGCGGACCGCGGCGGGGAAGGACGCCGGAGAUGCGGACGACGGAGGAGCCCGGCGAAAGGGAGCAGCGACGGCGGAGAAGCCUGGCGGAGUGGAGGAGCGACGGAGGAAGACGUACGCCUCCCGAUGGAUUUCAAAUCGGGGGUAGUAUUGUACUUUCACACUAUUUCACCUGGUCGGAAUGAUGCCCCCAGCGACAAUUAUUUCGGAACGGAGGGAGUAGUAGCUAGCAAUUGCUUUUAGCGGUGAUUAGUAGUAGUACUCGUUAAGAGAGAUGAGAUCGCCUCUCCGGACCUUGGCUGAUCUCUAAAGGAUAGCUAUGGAUUGCUUCGGAUCCUUUCUAUGAUCAACGUAUCCAGCCUAGCUAUCUCAUUCCCAUUAGGGAACACGCAGGACAGGGGAUCGAGCGGCGGCUUGAUAGCCAGAUGAGUUUGUUGAGAAUAUCUAGCGACCGACUCGUUUCUUUCGCUUGCUCUGUUAAAAAAAAGAGGUUCAGGGCUCUUUUUAUUAUGCAGAGAAAUUACUACAGUUUUGUAAAUACUCUAGUUUUAGUAACACAGUUUUUGGCGUUAACCAAACAGGUCACAAUAAAUAAAACCGCGGUAUCUAAAAAAACUGUAGUAUUCUUAAAAUACUUAGAAAAUACAUUGCAAUCAAACAGGGCCUUAAUCUUUCUUCCGUGUUAAGAGCUUAUGGAACACACAUGGGGCUGGGACAGGCUGAUCCCCUGGGCGCCUGAUUAUGUUCUUUUCAAAGUCUACUUGGAUUAUCUCACUGAUUACUUCCACCAAAAUUUUCCUGCUAAUAUCAACCUGUAUGCUGCAGCCUGUAGUUGUCUGGAAAUGGAGAAGAAAUUGAGUUGCCUAGUAGGUUUCACUGCUGACCUUAAUGAACUGAGCAACAAUAUCAAGGAGAAAGCGGGCAGUGUGACUAAAACAGGUCCUGAAUGUCCUGUUGCAGCUGCUGGCUUUAUGUGUAUUGCGGAGGAAGGCAAGUUGAUGUCUGAGUUAUUGGCAUGCGAAAUCAAGAACCGUGAGGAGGAUGAUGAUUUCAUUACUGAGGUGCUGGAAGAUCAGUCAUUCAACUUUAGCAAUGAUGUCCGUCAGAUUGUGUUGAGUAUUAUGAGCACCUACGAAGGGCCUUGUUCUGAAGCUGUUGCUGCUUCCUUGCUGGCCAUGAGUAAGGAGGCUAAUAUUGUACAUGGGUUGCUGAAGCUGGAUCAGAACCACAUGGACCGCUUUGCAAAGCUUAACAUCUGUGAAAGUCAGCGGCGCCAUUUACGGAAAUUUCUUAUUGGCAUUCGCAAUUGCAAGUUUCCAGAAUUGCUCACAUCUGAGCCAGUUAUGCAAAGUGAAAAUAAUUAUGGUAACAGUUCUAAUGUUAAUGAUAUGGUCGCGAUCUCUAGUACUCCCCAAAUCACCAGUGUUACCGCUCCUGCUACUGCCAUAUCAUGUGACGACACCUUGCUCGCGAAGGUCAGCCGUAAACAUAUGGUGAAGUUUCUUGAGAUUAUGGAAACCACAAAGGAAUUCGAAACUGUCAACGAUGUGCCGCCAUUGGAUAUCAUCCUCUACAGAGAGCUUAUGGAACCAGCAUGGGGUUGGCAAAGGCUAUUGCCCUGGAAGUCUGGUUAUGUUCUUUUUGAAGCCUAUUUGAAAUACCUUGAUGAGUACUACUACCGGAAUAUAACUCGUGAUUUCAACCUUUAUGCUGCAGCCUGUAUUUGUCUGGAGACGGAGAAGAAGUUGAGUACUGCAGUAGGUCUCACUCCUAAGCUUGCUGAACUGAGCAAGAGUAUCAAGGAGAAAGCGGACAGUGUGACCAAAUCAGAUUCUGAAUCUCCUGUUGCAGCUGCUGGCUUUAUGUGUAUUGCGGAAGAAGCCAUGUUGAUGUCUGAGUUAUUGGAAUGUGAAACCAAGAACCGUGAGGAUGAGGAUGAUUUCAUUACUGAGGUGCUGGAGGAUAAGUUGUUUGACUUUAGCAAUGCUGUCCGUGAGAUUGUGUUUGAUAUUUUGAUCACCUACAAAGGGCCUUUUUCUGAAGCUGUUGCUGCUUCCAUGUUGGGCUUGAAAAAGGAGGCCACUCUUGUACGUGAGUUAUUGGAGCUGAAUCGAAACUGCAUGGACCGCUUUGCAAAGCUUCACAUCUGUGAGAGUCUAAGGCCAUGCUUACGAAAAUUUCUUUACGGCAUUCGCAACAGCAAGUUUCCAGAGUUUGAUCUGAAUAAUAAAUUGCGGACGUCUGAAUCAGAUCAGGCAAGUGCUGUGAAUGACCGCGAAGCUGACCAUGAAAACAAGAGUAUGGAAGGCCAGAGCAAUGGAGAUCUCGAUUGUACAACCUUUAGGCAUCUGCUCCCUCCGCCUCACAAUUGCAGUGCCCAGUUCUCACGCAUCUCAAUCAGAGUUCGAUGUAUACAAAGGAAAGUCAACAGAUUGCUGGCCUCUGAACCAGAUAAGGCAAGUGAUAUGAAUGAUGGUGAAGCUGACCACUACAACAACAGUAUGGAAAGUGAGAUUAGUGGAGACCAACCCUGACACGGGUGUCUUCUGAGCUACUGUACAUCGUGUUUCACUGAAGUACACUACUCCUUGUUCAUUGUUUCUUAGGUUUGUGGUGAAUUGUUUUAUCCACUGGUGUUGAACACAUAUAUAUUAUAUUCUCUCGAUCCAAUUCUGCUUGAAGUUUGGAACAA